CUUACAACAAACAUUCCUUCCUACGCAUAAAUACACCCUCUUCUCUCUUUAAAUAAACAUUCACAUCCCUCUCUCUCCCUCUAUCUAUUCUCCCAUCCUCACUCUCUCUCUCUCUACCUUCAAUUAACAAGAUCCAAGAUAUGACACUAACACAAAUUCCUGAGAGAGCAACAAUGGAUAUGGAAUCAUGUGUGCCUCCAGGAUUUAGAUUUCACCCAACAGAAGAAGAACUUGUGGGGUAUUACCUCAAGAGGAAAAUUAACUCCCUCAAAAUUGAUCUAGAUGUUAUAGUUGAGAUCGAUCUCUACAAAAUGGAACCAUGGGACAUACAAGAUAGAUGCAAGCUAGGAUAUGAGGAACAAAAUGAGUGGUACUUUUUCAGCCACAAAGACAAGAAGUAUCCAACAGGAACAAGAACAAACAGAGCAACUGCUGCUGGAUUCUGGAAAGCAACUGGGAGAGACAAGGCUGUUAUGUCCAAGAACAGGAUCAUUGGUAUGAGGAAGACUUUGGUCUUCUACAAAGGACGUGCCCCUAAUGGCCGCAAAACUGAUUGGAUCAUGCACGAAUAUCGCCAUCAAACCUCUGAACAUGGCCCUCCUCAGGAAGAAGGAUGGGUUGUAUGUAGAGCAUUUCGGAAACCAAGUCCAAGUCAUCAAAGGCAAUUAGGGUUUGAUCCAUGGUGUAGUAAUCAUCAUCAUCAAGCACAUUAUUUCAGAGAUCAAAGUAGCUAUGGUGGAAGGCCCUUAUCAAUCACAGAUCUUCUAACUUCAGAAACUCAUCUUCUGAAUCACCCUACUGAAGGUACAAAUUUUAGUCAUUCCUUCGGUUCAGAUCAUCAUCAUCAUCAUCAAGAACAAGAGUUUGUAAUAUCAAAUAAUCAUCAACAACUCAUUGAGCUUCCACAGCUAGAUAGCCCAACAACAACAAGUUUUGCAGUCAAAGAAUCAUCAUCCAUUAAUAAUAACAAUGAAGAGUAUUGCAGUGAUGACAGGAACAACAACAACAACAACAACAAUAUUGAUUGGAAAAGCUUGGAUAACUUGUUUGCUGAUACUUCUAAUUACUUCUCAUCAAAUCCAAACAUGUCCCAAUUCAUGACCAUCAAUCAUCAUCUAGGUUGUUUCCCUGGUUCAUAAUUAAUCAUUAAUUAACUUGUAUGUGUGUCUAUAUAUAUAUAUAUAUAUCCAAAAAAUAAUUGAAGUCUUUAACUAGAGAAUGAUGCAUAUGGUGGAUAUAUAUAUAUAUAUUAUGUAAUAUUCAUUAUUACUAUAUCAUAUAAAUAGGUUGUUUCCAUAUUUAUCUUGUGACGCACGUGUUAAUUUAGAAGUUGGAGAUUGAUGAAAUGGAAGGUUAAAGAUGGGUUAGGAGAUAGUAGUGUAUGUUAUUAUUAUUUUUUUUCUAUGGUGGUGGUGAUAAUGGAGAUUCCUAUGAAGAGUGAAGAAUCUCCUCUACUUUAAUUUGUUUAGAGGUUCAAAAGA